AAAGACCGACGCGUGCUCUGCAGCGCACAUCCCAUCCGCGGAUGAAGGGACAGAGUGGAGAUGCACUACAAUGAUGCACCGAUCAGCAGCUCCAGCAUCACAGAAGGCCCAAGUACGCCACGGGAGUCAUCCCAUCACCGUCGUCAUUCCCUGCCUCAACGAGGCUCUGGCCAUCGAAGCGACAGUGGAGCGCCUCUUUUCGACUGCCUCCAUCGCGAGCCCAGAGGUGAUCGUGGUCGAUGGGGGAAGCAAGGAUGCCACACUGCGAGUCAUUUCCAGUCUCAGAGUGCGAUAUCGCACGCUGAGGGUCCUCGCUUCGCCCGUUCCUUCGAGAGGCAAGCAGAUGAGCAUGGGAGCCAAGAUUGCAGCAUCAACCAGUCGUCUCGUUCUCUUUCUCCACGCAGACACGCUGCUUCCGGCCGCCUGGGACCAGGCCAUCGUAGAGGCGGAUGCGCGUCAUCCCACGCUCAUGCUCGGAUGCUUUCGGCUGGCCCUGCCCGAGCCCAUCGACUCCAAGCUCCGCAUCAUGCUCCUCGUGGCCAAUCUCCGAGCAAGCUGGGCCAGAUUGCCCUAUGGUGACCAGGCCUACUUUGUCAGGAGCCAGGAGCUAGACCGAAUCGGAGGCAUCGACGAGACGCUGCCCAUGAUGGAGGACGUGGACCUGCUGGCGAGGUAUCAGCGAGCGGCCAAGAGCAAGGCCAAGAGAUGCUCUCUGCUGAGAGAAAGAGAUUCGCUCUGCAUCCUCAAUCUCUCCGUCAUCACAAGCCCCCGGCGAUGGAAGAAAAAGGGUGUGUGGCGUAACACGCUCCUCAACCAAGUGUAUAUGCUCGCGUGGUGGGCAGGUGUAUCGCCAAGGACAAUCUAUGCGUGGUAUUAUCGUUGAGGCUUAUGCUACAAGAUCAGACGCCCAGCUUGACUUUGACUGUCAGCGAUUCAAAGUUGGCCGGGCCCAGCUGCGCUCGGAUGUGACCAUCGGCCACCUCGAUGGAUUUCCGAUUCAGCACCUGCAUCUCGCCGAAGCCGAGCUCGUGCAUCAUGGCGGACAGAUCUUGCUGGUAGUGGGCCCCCGCCAGGCACUCGCCGAGCAGCACCGGAUCUUCC